UUGCGCAUUUACCUACAUCAUAAAACUAAUCACGAAAUUACUCCAAAACAUGUAUUUUCCAAUUAAAAAUACAUGACAAAUCAUUUUUCAUUCAAUACAAUGCAUAUAAAAUUGAAUUCUUGCUGUGUUCAGUUAGUUUUUAUUUAUAUGAUCGUAUUUUUGCUUACAUUACGAUAAAAUAAAUACGUUCUUUCCAUAUUAUUACAGGCUUAAUGCCAAUCAUGCCAGUUCACUUUUCAUUUUCUCACAAUGUCGCACUAAAUCCUUCAAUUUGUAUACUAGAUCUUGAAGCUGUUGACUUCCACAGGUAAAUCUGACAUCAUUACCACCCUCAGUGUUCAGGAUUAUUGUGUAAAUCAAGUUAUCAGAGCCAACACCCGGAGUAUUUGUUGCAACUUCUAAUUUCCACUCGACAUCUAUUAUUUUAGGUAAUACGCUAAACUCCAAGGCUUUAUUGGGCUCCAUGUUUUCAAAUUUAUUCAACUUAAGUUUGACAUGGUUUUUAAUUGAAUAAGAUGAAACAAAUGGAAAUAACAGCAAUACUUCUGUGAUAACACCAUCACCACCCACAUCAAUAAAAUUAGAAUACAACAACAAAAUUAUUCUACUUACAACGUCAUAGAAAACGCAAUGACAGUGACAUGUAGUGAACGAACGAACCAUAAACAAGUUUAUUUUGCGCUUUUUUCAAGUUAUUUUUACUGUCAAAUCAAAAUUGAGUUUUCUUUUUACAAUAUCUACCUAGGUAGAGGUACAAAAAGUUGUAAACACGAGAGGCAUUCGGUAUUAUUGGUUAUUCUAUUAUAAUGGUAAUAGCUCUUGGAAUUGAAGGCAGUGCCAAUAAGCUUGGCGUUGGCAUAGUGAAGGAUGGAGAAAUUCUUGCUAAUUGCAGAAGAACAUACAUUACUCCGCCUGGCGAAGGUUAGCCACUUUUGAUCUGACAGAAUGGAUUUUUACCAAGAGAAACAGCUGAACAUCAUCAGGAACAUAUUCACGAAGUUUUACAGGAAGCUAUGAAGGAAUCGGGACUGAGACCACAAGAUGUAGAUGUAAUUUGCUACACAAAAGGGCCUGGGAUGGGAGCCCCACUCAUGGUUGGUGCUAUAGUUGCAAGGACACUUGCAAAGUUGUGGAAAAAGCCUAUUUUAGGAGUCAAUCAUUGUAUUGGACAUAUAGAAAUGGGCAGAUUAAUAACAAAAGCGAACAACCCCACUGUUCUUUAUGUAAGUGGUGGCAACACACAGAUCAUAGCAUAUUCCAGGCAGAGGUACAGGAUAUUUGGAGAAACCAUAGAUAUUGCCAUCGGAAACUGCCUAGACAGGUUUGCUAGAGUCCUGAAACUAUCCAAUGCCCCUAGUCCAGGAUACAAUAUUGAACAAGCUGCUAAAACGGGAAAGAAAUAUUUGUAUCUUCCUUAUUGUGUUAAGGGAAUGGAUGUAAGCUUCUCUGGCAUACUAUCAUACAUGGAAGACAAGAUCGAUGAGCUGCUGAAGGAGUACACACCAGAUGACUUGUGUUUCUCCCUGCAAGAAACAGUAUUUGCCAUGUUGGUUGAGAUCACGGAGAGGGCUAUGGCACAUUGUGGUUCUGAUGAGGUAUUACUAGUAGGCGGCGUCGGAUGCAACGAGCGCCUUCAGGAAAUGAUGGCUGUGAUGUGCGCAGAGCGGGGCUCCAAAAUAUUCGCCACAGACGAGCGAUUUUGUAUCGAUAAUGGCGUCAUGAUCGCCCAUGCUGGCGCGGUCGCCUUCGAAUCCGGCACCAGAAUGGACUUCAAAGACACCACAAUCACACAGAGAUAUAGAACCGACGAUGUCUUAGUCACUUGGAGAGAUGACUAGUUUUUAAUAAAAAAACUUGUAAAGUUAUAAAAA